AGGUCUUUGGCAUAGCAUGAGUACUAGUUUAGUUUCUUAUUAUCAUCAUAAUCAGUCAUGUCCAACAAUCCAAGGUCUCUGAAUUACUCUUCCCUAACCCGUUCCAACAUGGCAACAACAGGCUCAGAACCUUGGUCCUUUUUUCUCAUCUUCGUCUUCCUGUGACUUUUUCUUUCUUUCAAACAUAAAAAAACAAACUUUUGAGUCUUCCUUUUUUCUUGUUUCCUUUGUCUUUCUUUCUUUCUUGGUGCCAGAAAAAAUGGGUAUAGGGGAGAAGAGUUCGAGCAAGAGUUUCAAUCUGCACCAUCGUGAAGUGAAGAAUAAGCAGCAAGAGUUCAGAGGGGUCCCAAAAGGGUGCAUGGCAAUCAAGGUUGGUCAAGGGGAAGAGCAACAAAGGUUCGUGGUGCCUGUGAUUUACAUCAACCACCCUCUCUUCAUGCAGCUUCUGAAAGAGGCAGAGGAAGAGUAUGGCUUUGACCAAAAGGGCACCAUCACCAUCCCUUGCCAUGUUGAGGAAUUCAGAAACGUUCGUGGCUUGAUUGAUAGGGACAAGUCCCUUCAUCACCACCACCACCACCACCACCAUGUUGGGUGCUUUGGCUUCUGAAUUCUAGUAAAAAAGUCCAAGGUUUUAGAAACGACAACAUCGAGGUUUUCAGAGUCUUGUUCACAAUUUCCUAUGAUAUUAAGAAUCCCGAUGAAACCGCAAUCGAAAUUUAAAACUUGGAUGAAAACCAUGAAAGAAAGAAUUGAUCUUGGGCUAGAAAUCACCACCCCUUUAGUUUUUUUUGAAGGAUUUUCUCAUGUAAAUUCCUAGAUUUUAGACUUUUUUUAGUGUUUGGUUUAUGUGAAAAGGAAAAAAGCCUUCUUAGGUAGGUGAUGGCGAGGACAGCUGAACAGAAUGUUGCUUCUUCCAAUUGUAUUUACUUUUUUAUUUCUAUAUUAUUAGGAAUCGUAAUGGAAAAAAGAGAUGCUAUUCUUUUCUUUUUCA